GAAGACAAAUUAAAUUUUGCCACAUAAAAGAAAGAAAGAAAGAAAGAAAGAAAGGAGGGAAUCAAACUGUGUGUUGUUCUGUAUGACUAUGAACAUGGAGGAGCCCCUAUUGGCACCUAGAGAGAAAGAACUAGAGAGAAAAAGAAGAAGAGGAGUAACAUGGAAAACCUUAAUCCAAGAACUGAAGAGUAUUUGCAUCAUAGCAGGUCCUAUGGUAGCUGUUACAGCCUUCCAGUAUCUUCUACAGAUUGUAUCUAUCAUGAUGGUUGGUCACCUUGGCGAGCUUUAUCUCUCUGCCACCGCCUUAGCUUUCUCCCUUUCCACCGUCACUGGUUUCAGCCUUCUUCUGGGGAUGGCUAGUGGUCUGGAAACUACUUGUGGACAGGCUUAUGGAGCUCAGCAAUACCAAAGAAUUGGAAAGCAAACAUACACUGCCAUCUUCUGUCUAAUAUUGGUGUCUGUUCCUCUGUCUUUCAUUUGGAUCAACAUUGAACAGAUACUAGUGUUCCUUGGUCAGGACCCUAUGAUUGCUCAUGAAGCUGCAAAGUUCAUGCUUUGGCUUGUUCCAGCACUUUUGGCAUACUCAAUUCUGCAGCCAUUAGUUCGAUACUUCCAAAUGCAAAGCUUGCUUCUUCCUAUGCUAAUAACCUCUUGUGUAGUCUUUUGUGUCCACAUACUUCUUUGUUGGGCAUUGGUGUUCAAGACUCAACUCAAGAAUGUUGGUGGUGCUUUAUCAUUUAGCAUCUCAAUCUGGUUGAAUGUCAUCAUUCUUGGAUUAUACAUGAGAUACUCUUCAGCAUGUGCCAAAACACGAGCUCCACUCUCCAUGGACAUAUUCCAAGGAACUCGCGAGUUCUUUCGAUUUGCAGUCCCUUCUGCAGUAAUGAUUUGUCUUGAAUGGUGGUCAUUUGAGCUGAUAAUCUUGCUAUCUGGGCUGUUACCAAAUCCACAACUUGAAACUUCAGUACUAUCAGUUUGUCUUAAUACCAUUUCAACUGUGUAUUGUAUCCCUUUUGGAAUUGGUGCUGCAGCAAGCACAAGGAUUUCAAAUGAAUUAGGAGCUGGGAAUCCAGAGGCUGCCCGGAUUGUGGUGAUGGCAGCAAUGUGUCUUGCAAUGAUGGAGACAAGUGUAGUAAGUGCAACUCUUUUCAGCUGCCGCCACAUCUUUGGAUAUGUUUUCAGCAGUGAGAAGGAAGUUGUUGAUUAUGUAACUGUCAUGGCUCCUUUGGUCUGUCUCUCAGUCAUAUUUGACAGCAUGCAAGGUUUUCUUUCAGGGGUUGCUAGAGGUUGUGGAUGGCAGCACUUAGGUGUUUAUGUGAAUCUUGGAGCAUUCUACCUCUGUGGGAUUCCGGCUGCUGCCACAUUGGCAUUUUGGGUGAAACUGAGAGGAAUAGGACUUUGGGUUGGUAUACAAACUGGAUCUUUUCUUCAAGUUUCUCUACUUGCUAUCAUAACAAGUUGCAUCAAUUGGGAACAACAAGCAAUCAAAGCAAGAACGAGAAUAUUUGAGGGUCAAUUUUCAGCAGACAGUAGUACAUUGGUAUGAGAAGCUAGCUAGUCAUUUGUUGAAUUUUGAUGAUGAUUGAUGAGUGUUAAGCCUUAAGAACAUUUGACCAAGGAACAUGUGUUCAUUUGAGUGGGUUAAUUUAGCAUGCAACGUGGCACAAUGACACAUCAUAUUUAUGGACGCCACGUGUCAUCAAACAAUCCCAAGGCCUUGUAACCGUUAACCCUCCAGAACUUGAAAUCAUAUACAAUAAUAUGCAGCUCUUCUUCAAAUA